CCAAAAGACAAUGCGCACCUAGCUGGGCCACUUCCCCUCGAUGAAGUUCCCAGCCGCCUCGCUAUAAUGUCCUACUGGCUCGCCGAACCAAAGCCACUCUCGCUAGUGCUACAGACCAACGGCAGCGCCGACGAUGACGACGACGACAGCGAGACCGCCGACGACGAAGACCUGUUGAGCCGGACGCCCUCCGAGUGCAGCAAAGAGUACGACGAGGACGACGAUUUUGAUAACCGGAGCUUGGAGAUCGAUGAAGAGGAGAGAAACAAGAUCAGCGCGCAGAUCAACCCGGAUGAUACGGAAGAGGAGGAUGAUAGCAAGGAGGAGAGGGUGAAGGAGGAGAUUUCAGAGAAGGAGGACUCGGUUCAGGAGAAGGAUUUACAAAAGAAGGAUGACCCAGCCUUUGCAUCCCACUACAGCUUAUAUGAUGGUAGCUUUGAUGAUGACCUUUACCAGGGGCAAGCAACUGCCACUGGGCUGGAGGAAGGGGAGACUAGUAUGACUGAGAGUGCUGAGAAUCAGCCAGUGGAUGUUUAUGAACUCAUACAAAAAUUGGAAACGGAAAGGAAACAACUUCUACAAGACGUGGAGAGGGACGAGCACCACAGGAAGUGGUUCUACAACCAGCUGAAGGCCAUCACCCAGAAAAUGGAGAACUUGCAACAGUCAGACAAUUUCACUGCACAAGCCGAUCAGGCGCGACGCCAGCUGGACGUGGAGGCGCACCGGGUGCAGGGGGCCAUGCAGGAGAAGCUGGGCUCGGGGGAGCAGAGCAAGCUGCGGCAGGAGGCCAGGCUGGAGAGGAUCCGGGCCAUCGAGGGCGAGAUGAACGCCCUGAUCAGCCAGGGCAGGCAGCAUGUGAGGGACGUGCGGGACGCUGGGACUUCAACCAUGCUGGGCAGAGAGGUGUUUAAAAUCAAACCAGAUCAAGAAGGUGGUGUAGGGGGCUACAUCUGUGACCGCAUGCCCCUCCGUACUGGCCAGAUCAGUUUAGCUACCCAAACAGGGGAGGUGACCUACACAGAGAUCCCUGACGGAGUUGCUCCAGGCAUGCCCUUGAACCCUAACCUCUCUGUCAUGUACCAUGGAGCUUGGCCUAUAGACAAAGCCCUCCACGGCAGUAUGUGCUCAGAUGGGUCCCUGCCCCCAUCCCAUGACCUGGCCAGUGUCAUCAGCUUCAACUCCACCAACACCAUCAGCGGCAGCAGCGCCAGUGGCGCCACGGCCAUGACUCACUCUGGCUCAUCUACAUCUGGGGACCAGCCGCAACACCUGGGGACCAAAGUUGAAAUGGUGUACUCCUUGCUGAGCAUGCUGGGUACACAUGACAAAGACGACAUGUCCAGGACCCUGUUUGCUAUGUCCCAGUCACAGGACAGCUGUAUAGCCAUGCGGCAGUCUGGUUGUCUUCCCCUGUUGCUACAGCUCCUCCAUGGUAGCGACAAGGACUCGGGUCUGUUGGGCAAGACCAGGGGGAGUAAGGCUGCCAGGGCCAGGGCGGCCGCGGCCCUGCACAACAUCGUCCACUGUCACCAUGACGACAAGAGGGGCCGGCGUGAGGCCAGGACGCUGCGCAUGCUGGAGCAGAUACGUGCGCAUUGUGACCAGCAGAGAGGGGAGAGCGAGGAGGAGGAUGAGGAGGCUUCUGGGAAUGGUUGUUCAGACAUGGACCAUCACCCUGGGGCAGCCAUCGCAGCCUUGAUGAAACUGUCCUUUGAUGAGGAUUACAGGCAUGCUAUAUGCACCCUGGGAGGUCUGCAGGCCAUCGCUGAACUGCUGGAGAUAGACAACAGGAUCAAGGGGCCGGUCUCUGACUACAGCAUGACAGUGCGCAGGUACUCAUGCAUGGCCUUGACGAACUUGACCUUCGGGGACGGCAAGAACAAAGCCCUGCUGUGUUCCAUGCGUGGCUCCAUGGAGGCGCUCAGUGAUCAGCUCAAGUCUUCCAAUGAGGAUUUGAUCCAGGCUGCUGCCAGUGUCCUGAGGAAUCUAAGCUGGAGGGCUGAUCUGGCUAGCAAGAAAACUUUGAGAGAGAUUGGUGUUGUCACCACUUUGAUGAAAGCCGCCAUGACGGUCAAGAAGGAGACGACUCUGAAAAGCAUUUUAUCUGCAUUAUGGAACUUGUCUUCCCAUUGUUCAGAGAACAAGGCUGAAAUCUGCGCUGUGGAGGGAGCCUUGCAGUUCCUGGUGGGGCUGUUGACCUACAAGAGCGCUGCCAAGACCCUGGCUAUCGUAGAAAACGGCGGAGGAAUCCUCCGGAAUGUCUCCAGUCAAGUUGCUAUCAGAGAAGACUACAGACAGAUUCUCCGCCAGAACGGCUGCCUGCAGAUUUUACUGCAUCACCUGCGUUCAACCAGCCUGACGAUUGUCAGCAACGCCUGCGGGACAUUGUGGAACUUAUCAGCCCGGUGCGAGGAAGACCAGAAUGCUCUGAGAGACAUGGGGGCCGUCAGCAUGCUGAGGAAUCUUGUACACUCCAGGCAUAAGAUGAUCUCCAGCGGCAGUUCCGCUGCCCUUAGGAAUUUAUCUGUGACUGGGGGUAAGUCCAUGGAUGGGGAUAAAGGCGCUGGUGUCUCGUGUCCAACUUUACAUGUCCGCAAGCAGCGGGCGCUUGAAGCUGAGCUUGAACAGAAUUUGUCGGAAACGUGUGAGAAUGUUGAAAGCCCGAGGAAUUCCCCGACGGAAGUCGUACACAGAUCAGAGAGCGAGCCUCGACGUUUUGUUUACCAUGUGAAUCCAGCGGGUGCCUCGGGGAAUGUUGCGGGUGUUGAGUCUGUUCAGAGGCAGGAGGAUGAUGGGAGGAAACAUUUAACUCGCAGGCAGAUGAUGCCCAGAAAUGGCGUGGAGAAUGUGGGGAACCGGGUGUUAUCUCCGCAGCGGGUCGCCCGGGCCGGGAGCCAGGACAGCGUGGGCAGUACUCACUCUGACAUUUCGCAUGACCGCACCCGGGCACACAACAUGCUGGCUAAGUCCUCACACCUGCUUAACAAACGCCAGGGGGGCAGCUUGGAGAGGAGAGAGCAGGCCGCUGGUUACGGUGCCUCGUCGCGCAUGUGCAGCUCUCAAGGCAUGACGGCGGUCGAGCACCCAAACCACACGCCGCACAGCAUGAGCGCCAGCACCGGGCCAGGUGGCACCAUGGUCAACAACACACCCGCGCACGCUCGCCGCCCUAACUUAGGCAGCAGCUACCACCCGCCAGCUUCCAACGCCUCGUGGCACUCCCUCCCAAACAGCCGCAUCGUCCAGUACAUGCAGGAGGUGGCCAUGUUCGCUGGAGUGGAACCUGCCUCCAGCAUCCACUGCCCGUCUUCUUUAACCCAGUCAGCGCCAUCCCAGACCCAAACGGCCACGCAUUCACUUCAUUACAACAACAGCAGUCACCAUCCUAUGUUUGACCGGUUGGCUAAGUCUUCUUCAGGUCUAGGGAACGUUAACUCUCUACCACCAAAUAACAUGAUGAACUCUAAUGUAGACUCUCGGCUGGUCCGGUCCGUAGAAGACGAGGCCGACCAGCCUGUGAAUUACAGUUUAAAGUACCAAGACGGCAACAACGCCACUCCAUCCGACAGGUCAACCAAAGCUUCCAGCAUCAUGCAUCCGUCUUCCUACAGUCAUAUGACAUGCGUGAGCAGCGCCCCGACGUUUAGAACUAGUGGUAUGGGAGACCUGAUGAAACCGUCCGCGGCGGGAGUGCCGUAUUCUAACAAGAACGAGCACAGCUACUUGCCAAAUGGUCAGUUAAAUCAUGGCCACCAUGAGAAAACCACACCUAGCGUGGUUCAGAACCCGGGCUCCAUGACACCCCACCGACCUGUACCACGUCUAGCCAGCAGGUGUUUCCACACCCCACAGCCCUACCGCCCCGCCGCCGGAGAGCCCAGGUACCAUCCGCCCCAGUUUCUGACUCCUCAGGGACAUUCGUACCCGUCUAACCAUCCGAUGGAUUACCAUCUCCUCUCCAGCUUACAACCCCAUCCGCACAACGCAAGUCUUCCAGCCAACCCCAGCUUCCCAGCCCAGGGGAAAGUCUUCAACGCUGGUGCUAGUCAGUACCACGCCAUGCCUGCUGCGCACCAAAACAAAUCCCACCAGCUUCCCCUUCAACAGUUCAGCGCGUACGCCGAAACAGAUCUGGACUCAGUUGUGGACCAACCAACAGACUUCAGCCUUCGUUACAAAGAAGUCUCCGAGGACACCUGCAGCGACAGUUACCAAGAACAGCCAAUCAACUACUCCAUGCGUUACCGUGACAACGGAGCCCCUACUGCUCCGGAUAUUUCCCAGUACAGGGAGGAACGCCACUGUGUGGAGUGUAAGUACGCCGAAGCACGCCUGGCUAACGAGCGUCUCGACAACAGUUCUAACGAUGAUCAGGUGCGGACAUUUUACACCGAGGGCACCCCUUACCUGUCUACCGCCACCUCGCUGACUGACCUGACCCAGGCGGGGAAGCACGAGGGGGACAGGGAGGAGGAGGAGGAUGAUGAAGAUGACAAUGACACCAGCAACCAGGACAAUUACGACGAGGACAACACCUCUAAGAACAUCACCGUCAUUGACGCUGAGAGGACGUUGACCGGGGCUGAUUUGGAGAGGACUGGAUCCAAGUCUGAUAACGAGCGGGCACCAAGUAGUUCAGGGAGCCAGACCACAGACAGGCGUACGGGAUCAACUGUCAUCUGCGGAAUCAGUGGACGCAACUCCAACCUGUCCUCACUGACCAGCUGUCCGUCUUCUGACCUGCAGAGGGAGCAGAUGAACUUCCAUGCUGACACUAAUGAAGGUGCCUUGGAUCAGACCAAGAUCUACUGUGAGGAGGGAACUCCUGUCUGCUUCUCCAGAGUGUCUUCCCUUAGCAGUUUACACAGCAGUGAGGCCAGGGAGGGGGAAGCACUCUCUCGACCAAGUGGGAAUGACAAGGCUGAACUUACAUGCAUAGAGGAGGCGGAGACGCCAGAAGCCAUGGUUAUCUCUGUCAUUGAGAACAAGAACGCCAGCUCAGCUGCUGCCAAGCCAGGUUCAAAACUCAGGCGCACCAACACUGACCAGAUGACCAAGGGGGAGUCCAAGACCGUGACAUUUGAUGAGAACAAUCAGGUUGAAGAAACACCACUGAUGUUCAGUCGCAGUAGUUCACCAGAAUCUCUGAGUAGCUUUGACACCCAGUCUGUGCACAGCUCUGUCAUUAGUGAGUACAGCAGGAGGGCCAGUGAGGUCGUCUCCCCUAGUGACAUCCCAGACUCCCCAUCUGAGUCGAUGCCAUCGAGCCCAAGAAGAACGCACUCACCAACCAGGAGGCUGAAAGACUUCACCUCCACCCCCAAGUCAAGUCUGGCGGCCAAGCAGUCGCUUGACUUUAAUAAAACACCCAGCACUUUAAAAUCCGAGCCUUUCAUGAGCUUCGCAACAUUUGACGAAGAAGACAAACCUAUUAACUUUGCAAUGAGAAAUGCUGAAAUGGCGUUGAUGCAUACGUUUCCGGGUUUCGACGACGACCAACCGACAGACUUUUCGUCGUUCCACAGGGAGCAGGAGCCGAUAACCUUCAGCACUUUCCAGAAAAAUAUCCAGCCUAGCAUUUCUACACAGAACAAUCACGUCAACAACAGCAGGCUGCUGACUCCUCGGGCAAAAGCCCUGCCCACUCUUGUCGAGCAGAUUGGGGAGAAUGAAUCCAUCUCCGGGAAGUCUGAAGUCCCUGUGGUGUACGCUGACGAGGGAACUCCUCCUAAUUUCUCAGAAACCACAAGUUUAAGUUGGAUUACUGUGGACAACGGUAUGGAACCUGAUGACAUGAUUGUCAAUGACGUCAAAAUGGUGCCGUACAGCAGGCACCAAGGGGUGGCUACUCCGACCCUGCCCAAAGCUGCCGGGUCGCAAGUACCCAGACAUUUGCUGCAACAGAUGCAGGCCCAGCCUGGCUUUAACCCCCCACCUGUCACCUCCGUGGGGAGCGCUCAGUCCAUGGAGAAACCAGACGCGCACUGCUACUACAGUGGUGUUCUACCGCAGCAGCACAGGACUCCACAACAGCACAGUCUUCCACAACAACAACAGCAGCAAAACACACAAGUUGGUACAUCGAUUGGUGUGUUGAGAGGGAUGGAAGUCAAUGAUCCCUUCCCAAACCAACCAGUUCAAGCUCAAGAACCGAACUUGCCAAAGGUGCAAGAGAGAGAGAACGGCUCGGAGAUUAUACUCAAGAUCUCCACAUCCAGUGCUGUGUCUAAACAAACAGCCAAACCAUGGUCUCCGGCUACAGAACAUUUAAAACAGGAAGACCGAGACUCCUCGAUGUCCGAGGUCUCAGAAGGGGAGGAGGAUAUUCUGGCACAGUGCAUCAGCUCUGGCAUGCCGACACCAUCGGCGUCAUCCUCUGCCCGUAAGAUGCGCAGGGCGUCUGCAGACAACUGCGUCAAGAAGAAAUCCGGCAUCCCCACAAAGUCGGAUUCCUCCCUGGCCGGGAAAGUUUCCCCGAAAAACUCCUCAAUCCCUAAACCAUCAGUGUUGACCCCGUCCAGAUCAUCGUCUAAGAUGGAUUCACCUUCAAAAACCAAUCCUGCAGCCUCAGCCUCCCAGCUGAAACCUCCUAGGCCAACCAGCAGCUCUAAGCACAGCAACCCAGGUCAAAAACAAGAUGGCAACGCAAACAAAAACCAGCCGGCCAAACCACAGCUGGACAACAGUUUUGGUGCUCCAGCUUCUGCCCCUACCAAAUCACAAGCAGCGCCUGCCACCCCUGCCAAAAAUCAUGCAGCUCCCAGUUUUCAUCCCCCAGGGGGAUCACCGGUCAAACCCACCGCUAGCAAGAACCUUAACCCUGUGUUAAACAAAGUGGCCAAGAUGGCACCCCCUUCGCCAAAGAAAACCAAUGCAGCCAACUCAAAAACAAACGCCUUGCCUCAGCUGCCUGUCAUGGAAGAUUACCGAGACUACAGUGAAGAUUGCAUCAAGUCCUAUGCCACUGAAGGCACACCUUUAAACUACUCAGCCGCCACUUCCUUAAGCGACCUGAGCAUGUUAACCCAGAACUCUUCACCUUCCCCAAAGAAGUCAUCACUGCCUUCAGCCAAGUCUACCCCUGACGAUGCCAGAAGUGACAACAGCUCUGUGUGCGAGGAGAGCGAAGAGCUCCUCUUGAACCAGAUGAUUGAGUCCGGCAUGCCUAAGAGUAAAUCUGGCCGCAAGUUUGGCGGGUCCAGCUCUGACCAUGUUUCCGGAGCGGUCAGCGACAGCAGCAAAACCAGCAGCCGCGAUUGCAACAUGUCAGCGUUCAUCCCUCGUGCGUCCAAUCUAACAGUUGUGGCCCCAUUUCAUGACUUCAUCCCGUCGGAUAGCACAAAAGUGUACAACGUUGAGGGAACUCCAAAAAACUUUUCCGCUGCGACCUCCCUAAGUGACCUGACCAUUGAAUCUGUUGAAGGUCACGGCUCAACCGCUGCCGCCAGCUCCAAGUCACAGAAGCCUCCAGUUUUAAAAACUGAAGGGGGGAACAGUCCCCGCAGCCAGAGCAGGAUUCCCAGUCUUCGAGGGAACCCCAGACCAACAGUGCCUCAGAUUAUACCCAGUAGCCAUACUAGACCCAUGAAUGUACCUAAUGAAUACACAACAUAUACUGUAACUUUUUCACCCCCUUCCAACGACACAUUACAUUUGUAUGGUGUUGAGGGGACCCCUAUUACUUUUUCAAGAAAUGACUCCUUGAGUUCGCUAGGAGGGGAGGAUGAUGGCAGGGGUACUGGCAGUGGUGUCAGUACCAGUCCGCAUAAAGACAAGUACCGUUCUAAUGACCGGGAUGAGAGUGACAGUUCAUCUUCAAUACCCAGAGAGCGUCACGUUGUGGGCCAGUCCAGCGAGGACAGCAGUGUUGCGGGUGAUAAGGCGGAGAGGCCGAUCAAGUUCGCUGUUGAAGACACGCCUGUGUGUUUCUCAAGGAACUCCUCACUCAGCUCCAUACACAAUCUGGAUGAGCUGGACCACCCCUCGGAGCCAGCAGCAAAGUCAGGGAAAAAGGAAAAUGCUGCAGUAGACAUGAAGAGAUCUGAUUCCGCUGGGUCACUCAGCGAUGAGCUGGCUGAUUGCGAUCCAACGCCGUCAGAGCAGGCAUUACUGGAGCAGUGCAUCAACUCAGCCAUGCCCAAAUCCAGGCUGCCCAGAGGAGACGAGAGAGCGAAAAGGCACUCCAGGGCGAAGUUUCUGAUACAGAAAUCAGGCGGGAAUGCCGGUAGGAGCGGGGGUGGUGUGGGGCUGUUGAAGAGUGUGUCUUUGGAGAUGCCAGGAGGUAUGGCAGACGGCGCGGGCGGGGAGCUGGACACGGGGUCACAGAGCUCUCUGUCCCAGAACCAGAGCAGCAGCGAGAACCUCAUGACCAGGUCCUGUUCGGACACCACCGACCUUGACCUGGAUUACCCGGCCGGUACCUCGUGCAGACAGUCCCGGUACUGCACCUGGCGCAGGCAGAGGCAUUACUCUCAGGAGGAGGGCAGGCACGGCGCCGCACCCGCGGGCCCCAGGUACAGAUCCCACUCGCAGGACAACGAGAACUACCUGAAGGUCCAGAAAGACAUCAGCAACAAGCUGGCUCAGGCUGGCACCCGGGUCAGCAACCCUCGGCAAGUCUACCAAGGUUCUCUUGAUUCGUUUGAAGACCUCCUCAUCAGCAAGUGCCUUAAUGAGACCUCCCUGAAGGCAUCAGACAAGGGCAGGUUGUCUCAGGAGAAAGGAGACAAUGAGAAAUCUCUGAGUGAUUUUGCUGCCAAAGUUCGGGAGAUCUCCAACGAUAACAUGGGAGGGCUUUUAGCUUUGAGAGAUGAUGUGGACAUAGAUUCUGUUGUGUUCAAUGAUCAUAGUAUAGUUGAAGUGGCCGCUGGGGAUCAAAAUGAUGAAGAAGAAGAAGAAGAAUCUCAGCUAGGAAAUGUAACCUUAAAAGCAAAAUCCUGUGAAGAACAUGAAGACCAUGACCGGACAGUCCUGUCAGCUGUUGAUCCCAACAAGGACGAAGACGAGAUAGGGAAUGUCCAUUUUUUCAUUGAAGACGAGGACCCUGACUAUGACGAGGUGUAUGAGCAAGGGGAUGAGUCGUUUGACGGAGACAUUUCCCCCGAGGAGGAAGAGAGGCUGCUGGCUGAGAACGUCAACCUCAUCAUGUCUGAGAUCCAGACAACAAAGAUGAGUGGCAGCACCGUGGAUGAAGAUCUAUUUAUAGAAAACGAGACCAUAUCCCUGGUUUCCAACGAUUAUGCGUCGGACACAAACUCCGAGGUUUCCGUCACCUGGUCUGUCGUUUCAGACAAAACGUCUGAUUUGUCUUCGGCCACCCUGGCGGAGAAAAGCCUGGCAUCAACAUCCUCCAAAGGAGGUCCUAAAAUUUUAAAGCCGGGAGCCCCGUCUCAGCUGGUUAAAAAAGCAAUUGCAGAUGAAGCGGAGGAGGUGAAAGGUGUCAGAGGUAGAAGAAAACCCUUGUACCCUGGUAAAUCCAAUAACACUGUCGCCGUUAAAGGCAAACCUAACCCCACAGGUAACCGUGGAGUCAACACUGCCGUAGCUAACAAACCUUCUCCAACUGGGGUAGUGAAACCCAACUUGGCACUCAAGAAAACACCACCUAAAGCUCCGAAUGUCGCCAGAGUAUCGCCCAGAACCAAGCAACCCCCUCCAACCCUGAGCAGCCCUAAGAGCUCGGGGCUACCUCAGAAGGUUGUCAGUCCCAGAUCCCGAUCAGCCGGCCCAGCUACGAGAAAAUCCACCUCCCCGCCUGAUCCUACCCCCAACAAACCGGUCUUGAAAAACCGGGCAGCCCAAGGCUCUUCCCCCGCAGGCAGAUCUGACGCCAGCCAGGGGAAACCAACCAUGUCGAAAAUCUCCAGCUCACCCGCCUCCAUCUCCCAGAACCCUGGCUCUAAACUGAACAAGAACUUGAAACCCACAACACCCCCCAAACUUGCUGGUAAAGACAGUGUAGGACUUACAAAUAAAAAGACAGCAUCAGGCUCUUCCACCAGCAUCAGCAGCAUGAAAAACUCCUCCCCUGACAAUAAGGAAAACACCGAACAGAUUCUUAAUUUGAGAGAGAAAAAGGCAUCCAAGAUUGGCGUCCCGAAUAACAAAUCAUUCAACCGUAGCCUUUCCAGCGAGUCAAAGGUCAACCAAGUCAACAAUUCAAACGACAGUCUCAAAAACAGUAACAGACCCCAGACUCCGGUAAGCGGCGGAAAAACCAGAAAUUUUUCUAAUUCCUCCGGUUCCGGCAUCCCCACUCGCAAGUCUGAGAGUUCUUCCACUGCUUCAAUUUCCCAGAAAAACUCCCCACCCGGUGCCGCGGGUAAAAAGCCGGUGAGCAGUAAGAUAGCCACUCUUUGGAGAAGGGAUGGCAGCAUGGAAAGAUCCCCUUCCAGGGAGAGUCCUUUGUCGUCCGCCUCCUCGUCCUUGUCCAAGCUUCCAAUCUCUAACAUGAAGAUUUCACCAGCCAGUGCCAAACCCAGUAGUCUUCCGCCAUCCGGCUUCAAAACUAAAGCAGCCACACUCCCAGCGUCUUGCAGUCUCACGUCUGCUAAAUCUGCCGGGGAGGUUAUCUGUAAGAGCGCUACGUAUGAGAAGAUAUCAUCGGAAGCUCAUUCUAGUAAAUCUAACAGAAAUGUCACAAAGAAGUUUCCUGACAGUUCAAAAAGGCUGAAAGAGGGUGGUGUGGAGUCCCCUGAGAGUGGGGUGAGGAGAGGCGAGGUGUUUGAACUGUGUGAUGAUGAUGAUGACGACAACUACAACCACCACAACGACAGCUUUGACAGCAACGUCUUUGAUGACUCCUCUGUCAGUCAGCAAGACGGGGCCCGGAUGACCAGGCACUCAACUUCCGAGUCCGUUGACUCCUUAGACCAGAGUUGUGACUCCGGGCCCCAGAUUGACUCCAGUACCUUUAGGAAGAAGAAACGCGACACCAGCACGUCAGAUUUGCACCUGCCUAAUGCCGACGAGACCUGCAAGUCCAUGUGUUCUUUCAACGACUCCUUGAGCAACCAGCAGGCUCUGAACCUCAGCGCAGGGUUCCAGAGAUCUUGUGUGCUGGAGGACAGCGUUAUCAGCGAGCUGAGCAACAGCCAGCUGAGUCAAACCGACAUGACGUCGUCAAAACACGACAAGAAAAAUAAAAACAAUGAAGAGAAAUCUGGCAGUAAAACAAAGUCCAAAGUGGCGCAGGGGUUGAAGCGGCUGUUCGGAUCUGGGAGACACAAUAAAGACAAAGACUCCAAAUCUAAAAAUUCCGACAUGAGUUCCUCAAAGCAUUCAGACAAGGAGCAGACAAAAAGAAAGCACUCGAAGUUUGGCAGCAAGGAUAAGAAAAGCUCCAAGGACAAGAAAGAGUAUGAUUUCUUCAGCGCUAACAUCAAGAUAGAGCCGUCCACCAUGUCUAAUUUUGACGACAAACUCACCACCCUUCAGCCGAGCGCAGCCCUCGGUACAACCCCAAAACCUGGGCAACUAAGGGUUGAGCACAAGGUCAGCCCGUCCGCCAUCGUCGCCCCGUUUAACUACAACCCCCCGGCUGCCGUCAGCACCACCCCCAGCUCUGACGUCAUAUCCGCGGUCCUCUCCUCCACCCUCCUCACCUCCAUAAACAGCCAGUCUAUCGGAGUGUUGGCCAACGAGGAGAUGUUGGCUGAGGGUAGGGACAACGAGAGCAUCCACUCAAACUCUGAGAAACACUCAACCAAGACGGAGAUGCUUCUGGCGCGGCGCCGGCAGAGGAACCUCUCCAGCAGCAAGUCUGAGGACAUCCGCAUGGAUGUGGAUAUGAGCUCGGCCUGCAUGGUCACUACUGUGUAGCAAGUCACUACUGUGUAGCAAGUCACUACUGUGUAGCAAGUCACUACUGUGUAGCAAGUCACUGCUGUUUUCUGUACAUUUUAUUUGCUGUUUUCUUUCUGGCUACCACGCACAUUUCUCGUUGGUGUCUAUCAUUGUUAAUGUAAGUUUUGUAAGGGAGUCACUGUUAUCAGAGAGGUCAAUCAUUGAUUAUGUAAGGGU